AAGUUAUUGCAAGUUAAGUCUACGUUUAUUUCGCUUUUCCUUUGUGUGUUUCUUUAAAUGACGUAGUGACGUUAUUACGUUAUAAUAAUGACGUCGUUUAAACGUUUUUGCUAUGAUACAUGCCGAUAGAGCCGAAACCUAGAAAUGUUUGACGUACAGCAUUUUUAAGUGUUUGUGGGGAAAUGGACAUAAAGAUUGAUUCUACAAAAUUAGUUUGCGUUCAUUUGAAAGUACGGAAGUCCCUAUCAGCAUAUUCUGAGUAUCCCAGGGACUAUGUUGUUGGUGUAUCCAUUCUAGAUUCAACUGUUAAUAAAUUUUCCAGAAUACAGAGAUGUAAACCAAUCUGCUUUGACAGCUGGGUCCUAGAAAAAUGGGUUCAGAAGAAUACGCCUAUACAUUUUAAGUACGUUGUGAUUAGGUCAAGGACAUCUACUGUAGUUGAAAGUGAAACAAUACAAGUACAUAGAGCUUUUAUUGGCGUGGAACCCGUCCAAAUCGAGUGCACGUUCAAUGGAGAAAGAAUUAUCAUUCGAGAAGCGGAAGGAACAAGAGUAAAAGCGAAAAAAAGAUUAGCUAGAAACAUAUUAGCACAUAGAAGAAGAUUCGGUCAUGGCGGGGCGAAUCAAUGCACAUCAAGAUUCAGUCACAGGAAAACGGCAGAAAAUGAUAGGAAAUCUAAAAAAGGAAACUGGACGAGAUUUUUCAAACGCUUUGCUUUGUUGUCUGCUCCUUUGGCCUUGGUCGCAAUAGCUUUCUACAUGUACAAUUUUUCUGAACAGAUGAUUUCAAAUUUUUUUAAUGAAUUGAAUUCUGUAUAUGAUUAUGAGAUUGACCACAUUGAUUAUUAAACAAUUAUGACAAACCUUA